AUGGCACCGAUUCAAAAGGUUAUUGUGGUUGGAGCCGGCCCGACGGGGCUUCUGCUGGCUCUUCUUUUGGCCAAAAAGGGCAUCACUGUCGAGGUCGUCGAGGCGGAAGCCGAGGUGGACCAAAGGCCUCGAGGACUUGCAUAUGGCCCCUCAGCCACACGGGCCGGCGUCUUGGAAGAAAUCCGAAACAUUACUUCGGAUAUAACGUCCACGUCGUGGAGAAAACUGGGCGGCGAGAUUCUCGUUCACAUAGAAGGUGAUGGUCAAAGUCCGGACAAGCCUCUGCUUUACCCAGUCCAUUUGCUUUCUAAUCUGCUCCUUGAACGCGUCUUGCAGCAGGAGACUGCAUCUGUCCACAUGUCCCACGCCGUCAUCGACGUCGGCCAGUCGGAUGAUGCGGCCUGGGUUCGUGUCAAGUCGGGGGACGAAGUCAAACGCAUCGAGGGGGAUUUUGUCAUUGGCUGUGACGGGGCCAAGAGUGUCGUCAGAAAGUCGCUGUUUGGUGACGACUUCCCCGGAUUCACCUGGGACAAGCAGCUCGUAGUCACCAAUGUCCACUAUAAAAUGGCAAACUUCAACUGGUCCGAUGUCCAGUGGGUAGUCGACCCUCAGUAUUGGGCCAUGGUAUGCUGUAUAUCCAGAGCCGAAGACACGGAGCUGUGGAGGGUUGUGUAUGGUGAACCAAUCGGCUUGUCUCCAGAACAACUCCGAGCCCGUCUGCCCGAGAAGUUUGAAAAGAUCCUGCCGGGGCAUCCAAAGCCCGACGAUUACGAAAUCGUCCGAUUCAGCCCAUUCACGGUUCACCAGCGAUGCGUUGAGAAGAUGAGAGUCGGCAGAGUGCUUCUCGUGGGAGAUGCUGCCCACCUUUGCAAUCCAAUGGGUGGACUUGGCCUGACGGGCGGAAUAUCGGAUGUUGGAUCGCUGGCUGAAUGCUUGUACGGGAUCCAUGAAGGCAAGGCAAACAUGGACAUACUCGACAAGUAUGACGAGGCCCGACGCCAAGUCUUUCGGGAUAUUGUCGACCCUGUCUCUUCUGCCAAUCUCAGGCGCAUAUGGAAUGAGCCGGAAUCUAUACAAUGGACGGAUCCAUUCUUCAACAAGGCAAGACGAGCAGCAACAGAGCCCGAGAUUCUCGAAGAGAUGAAGCUGAUGAACAUCAAUUGUGACAUGACACAGCAUUACAAUGAGAAGGCUUGA